AUGGAUAGCCUCCCCGCCCCUUUCAUCAUCGAAAUCGAUGGCAGUCCCAUCGCCAAGGUCGACGGCAACGCCGAAGACAAGACGCAUGCGAAAACAGGCACGGACGCAGCCAUCUUUGAACUCAAGGGCAGCCGUCUGCAGUGCGACGGCCGCAUUCUUGGACGAGCCAUGGUAGAAGACCGUAGCUUCCUUCCAAAGCAAGUGUGGUGGUUCAAGGCAGACACCGAUAUGCCAGUGCAUAAAGUUACUGCAAGUCAGGACGGUGACUCGUACCAAUUGAAGUUUUCCAACGCGCCUCUGAUGGUAGACGAUGGAGGGGUCUUUGCGGAUCUUCUUGGGGAUAACCCUUCUAAAGUGGUCUUGAAGAUGCAGUCGUAG